AGCUCAACAAAUUGCAUUCAACAUGGAAUUCAAACCAAAGAUUAGCUACGAUCCCGUGGAAAAGAUUUGGACAAGUCUAGAUGAGUAUAAUCACUUUGACCCAAAUCUCUCAAUAGGUGAGAUAAUUUAUCACGAGAUGCAACGACAUCCCAAACAAAUUGCGCAGAUAUCGGCUACGGAGAAUACGAUUCUCACACGUGAGGAGCUACUGUUAAAUUCGCAGCGCAUUGCCAGCUAUAUGAGUAAUCACGGACUCCUCCAGUCGGAUAUUGUGGGCAUUAUUGCCAGAAAUACCACACACAUCUCGGCUGUGGCCUAUGCCUGCUUCUUCAACGGCAUCGCCUUUCAUUCCCUCAAUGUGAAUUACGAGCAGGCGAAUAUUGAAAAACUAUUUAGUAUUACGCAACCUCGACUUAUCUUCUGUGAUGGGGAUGACUUUGAGAAGGUGAGUGCGGCAACGAAGGAUCUGAAUGUAGGGAUUGUAACCAUGCGGAAUCACACGGCGGAUAGCAUAUCGAUUGAGGAACUGCUCUUAACGGAAGUGCAGGAGAACUUUAAGCCAACUCGUCUCGAGCAGGGCAACAAUCAAACCAUGGCCAUCAUUUGCUCCUCGGGCACCACGGGAACUCCCAAGGCAGUGACCAUUGCCAACAGUCACAAGAUUCUAAAUGCCAACUUAAUGUUAACCACUGCGGAUGUGCAGUAUUCUCACAGCACACUGGACUGGAUCACAGGUCUCAUUACGACCGUCACAUCAGCUGUAUUCAGCACGAAACGCAUCAUUGCCGACAACUUCUUUGAUCCGGAAAUGGUAUUACAUCUCAUUGAGGAGCACAAGAUAACCUGGCUGCUGUUGGCGCCUUUUCAGCUGGCCAUGCUAACCAACUCACUGGCAUAUGAGAAAACCAGCUUGAUUAGCAUUCGUUAUUGCAUGUUUACCGGAGCAAGAUGUUCCCUAGAAAUGCUAAAUCUAUUGAGGAAACGUCUGCCAGAGAACAGUCUGCACUUUUCUUACGGCAUGACUGAGAUUGGUGUUUGGGCCACAUUUAAUUGGCAUUUUGAUGAGAAACCAAAGUCGGUAGGUCGCCUUACAACCGGCUUUAAAGCGAAGAUCCUUAACGAACAAAAUGAGCCUUUGGGACCAAACGAGAUGGGAGAAGUGUGUCUUCACAACGGACAGUACUGGGCAGGAUAUUUUGGCAAUAUCGCAGAAUCGCGCAACAUACGCGACAGUGAACGUUGGUUCCACACUGGUGACUUGGGCUAUAUGGAUGAGGAUGGCUUUCUCUAUGUACUGGAGCGCAAAAAGGAUAUGCUCAAGUAUCAAAAUAUUAUGUACUAUCCACACGAGGUCGAGCAGGUCAUUUACCAAAUGCCACAAGUGGCAGAUGUUUGUGUCUUUGGUGUAUGGAGUGAUAACAAUGGCGACGAAGCAGCCGCAGCUGUUGUCAAGAAACCAGGCACACAGCUCACGGCUGAGGAUGUGGUCGAUUAUGUGCACAGCCAUGUGACUGCCACAUAUAAGCAACUGAAUGGAGGCGCCAUCAUUAUGGACGAUCUCAAACGCAGUUCCAAUGGCAAAACAAAUCGAGCCGCCAACAAAGCAUAUUUCCUGGAAGUCAAGGGAAGAAAUUAAAUAUAAAUAUUUAGGUAAUAAUAAUGCGAAUCAAAUAUAAAUUUGAAAAAAAUUCAA